AUGUCGGCGUUAUUAACAGCAGAUUGGUUUCAACUAGAUUCGUACUACAGAAAAUUUGACUUGUACACAAUGGUAUGGUCCAUGGACGAAGGCUUAGGUAACAUGAUAGUUAGUGGUGCUCCAUAUGGUGGUCCCAUAGCUGUAGUAAGAGACAGAAAACAGUUUGCACGUAUCACCACAACAGCAAAACCUGUAAUAACAAUCUACAACUGUGUUGGUAAUAUUAUGUCAAAGAUUUUGUGGAAUAAUGGUGUUCUCAUUCAUAUGGGCUGGUCUGAUGGGGAACAGCUUCUUUGUAUACAGGAAAGUGGAGAUGUUCUCAUUUAUGACAUGUUUGGUGCUUAUCAGAAAACAUUCAGCUUGGGGCAGGAAGUCAGGGACACAAAAGUAUGGAAAGCGCAACUUUUCCCUAACCCACAUGGUAUUGGCCUGGCUGUGAUUACAACUACCAAUCGCAUGUUUCUAGUCAGCAAUGUAUCGGACCCUAAAAUAAGAUCUGUGCCAGAUUUGCCAAGGGCUAAUGAGCCAAUCAGUUCUUGGUGUGUUUUGAGUUCUGGACAACGGUCCUCAUCUGUGAUUGGAUUUCUUGUAUGUAGAGAUAAAGAAAUCUACAAAUGUCAGCUAGGGGAAUCUAGAGCUGUGCUUAUGCGUCCUGAAAUACAAAAUCCGUACACCCAGAUAGUCUCAAUAGUGCCGUCUCAAAAUGGUCGACACGUAGCACUAUUCACAGAUUCCGGCUUCCUGUGGAUCGGAUCUUCAAACUUCAAGAGCAAGUAUUGUGAAAUCGACACAGGAUAUAUAAAGCAACCAAAGGAAUUAGUAUGGUGCGGAUCACAAGCCAUAGUUGGUCACUGGGACGACAUGAUGUGUAUAUACGGCUUCAACGACACCGUCGUAUCCUAUCCUUACGAUGGACCCUUCCAUAUUAUUCCCGAAAUGGAUUGCGUCCGUGUAAUCUCGGAAAUGACGCACGAACUGAUACAGAAAGUACCGGUUGUAGUGGACAAAAUUCUGAGGAUCAACAGCACUGCGCCCGGUUCAUAUUUGGUUGAAGCGUCCAAACAAUUUCAGAAACGAAGUCACAGAGCGGACGAGUACAUACGCCUGGUUAAACCAGACCUCGCAGCAGCGGUUCAGGAUUGUAUCGACGCAGCUGCGUACGAAUUCAGCCCAGAAGUACAAAAAAUGUUGAUCAGAGCCGCACAGUUCGGCAAAGGUUUUAUUCUGGAUCCGGUGCUGACGGAACACUAUGUGAAGACGUGUCGGUGGUUGAGGGUUUUAAAUGCAAUACGGGACCCUAAAGUCGCCAUCCCGCUUACUUUCCUCCAAGUUCAGAAUUUAGGAGAGCGAAUAUUGCUGGACCGUUUAAUAUGGCGGCGCCUGCAUUGUCUCGCGGGGCACAUAGCCUCAUACUUGCAACUGAAGGACGGACAGACUAGAGUUCUAUCACAUUGGGCAUGCUAUAAAGUAACUCAGCCCCAUUUGGACAACGAGAGCGCCGCGCGUGAAAUCGGCGACAAACUGCGGAAUAUACCGGGAAUAUCAUACGCUACGAUCGCUAUGAAAGCUGCCGAGAAAGGCAGGAAGGCGCUAGCGAUCAAAAUCCUUGAAUAUGAAACACACAGCAAGCUUCAAGUGCCGUUGCUUCUCACUUUAGGAGAGGGCCCGACCGCUCUGCGCAAAGCUACUGCUAGCGGUGACACGGACCUCGUCUACAUCGUUCUCUUACAUCUCAAGGAGAAGAUGGGCAAACACGAAUUUGAGCUGACAAUCCGAAGCUUCCCUUUGGCACAAGCGCUAUAUAUAAAAUACUGCGCGAGCCACAACCGCGAAGCGCUCCGCAAGGUGUUCGUACAGGAGGACAACUUCAGCGGGCAGGCCGCCACACAUAUAAGGGACGCCAUAGAACAGACAAAUCCCGGAAGCGUGGAAGCCUCACUCAUAUCUGCUAGAGAGUGCUACAAGAAGGGCAAAAACGAUUUAGGCGUAUCAAUCUGCGAAGAUGCUCGCAAGCUGUGUAAGCAGCAGUCAAGUUUACAAGAGACGUAUGGAGAAAGUUUUGUAGGGCUAUCUCUUCACGACACCGUUAAGAAGCUUCUAGAUCAAGGCGAAGUGAAACUAGCUGAUAAAUUACGUUGUGAAUACAAAAUGCCUGAAAGAAGGUAUUGGUGGUUACGAAUACUAACAUUAGCGGAAAAAGACGAUUGGGCUGAACUCGAUCGUUUCUCGAAGUCGAAGAAAUCUCCCGUAGGUUAUGAGCCGUUCGUUGACGCCUGUCUUAAAUACAACAAGAACGACGAAGCUCUCAAGUACCUGCCGCGCUGCAGAGACGACAUCAAAGUUAAAUAUUAUGUUAAAGCUGGAUUCUACGAAGAAGCAGCACGAGUGGCGUUUGAGCAGAAAGACAAGAGUGCGCUAUUCUUCGUCCAAAGCAAGUGCCCAAUUCGCGAGUCGAGUCAGCACGCCAAAAUAUCGGCAUUGCUCGAGCAAUUAAAUACAAAAAAAUAA